UAAUUCACGACUUUAUUACAAUACAAUGCAAAUAUAAUAGCUUCAUCCAUUGAUGGAAAAUUAUCUGGUUCCCGCUUCAACCUAUUCUAUUCAGUCGCAAAACCAAAUGCAAACUCUCUUAAACCCUUCACAUUUCUUCACCUUCCCUAAGCUCCUAAACUCUCGAAACUCCAAUUCUCCUCAUUCUUCCUUUCAAUGGCGUCCUCUCCUCUCUCCGCCGGUUAUUUUUUCCGGCAACUUCACCGUGAAGUGCUUCAGCUCAGACGAGUUCCCUGUGGACGAAUCCUUCCUCGAGAAUUUUGGUCCGAAAGACAAGGAGACAGAGGACGAAGCUCGGACGCGUAACUGGAUUGAACGUGGUUGGGCCCCCUGGGAAGAAGUCUUCACUCCAGAAGCCGAUUUUGCGCGGAAGAGUUUGAAUGAAGGCGAGGAAGUGCCGCUUCAGACCCCUGAGGCGAUUGAAGCGUUCAAAAUGUUGAGUCCAAAGUACCGGAAGAACAAGAUGGAGGAAAUGGGGUUUAUGACCAAGAUUAUCAUCCCGGUAGGAGGAAAAGAGGGAAGGACUAUAAAGAAGGCAUGUACGAGCUUCCGUUUUAUUAUCCAGGACAAAUUUGUGAAGGGAAAGUAACUACUUUACAUCUUUAUCAAGGAGCUUUUGUUGAUAUAGGAGGUGUAUACGAUGGGUGGGUUCCCAUAAAAGGUAACGAUUGGUAUUGGAUUCGCCAUCACAUAAAAGUCGGUAUGCCUGUGAUUGUAGAGAUUCUGGCAAAGCGAGAUCCGUACCGGUUUCGAUUUCCUAUUGAAAUGCGUUUUGUUCAUCCUAAUAUAGAUCACCUAAUCUUUAAUAGAUUUGACUAUCCACCUAUAUUCCACCGUGAUGAAGAUAGUAAUCCAGAUGAAGUACGGCGUGAUUGCGGGAGACCUCCUAUUCCUAGAAAAGAUCCAGGAAUUAAACCAGAAGAUGAAGCCUUAUUGUCAAAUCAUCCAUAUGUUGAUAAGCUGUGGCAGAUACAUGUCGCGGAACAAAUGAUUAUAGAUGAUGUGGAAAUGAAUCCUGAUAAGUAUAAAGACAAAAAACUUUCAGAGUUAUCUGAUGAAGAAGAUUUUGAUGAGGAAAACAGUGUUGAGUAUACCAAAGUACGUUAUAAGAACAGCUUGUUACCAAAGAUGAUUAUGAAAACAAGUGUCAAAGAACUUGAUUUGGAGGCAGCUUUUUCUGAGCGUCAAGUUCACAAUAGACUCAGACAAGAAGCACUGGCUAGAGGAGAGAAGUACAAAAUUUCUAAACUGAAACGGAAUAUCGAAAUGGAUGAAUAUGACCUCAUGCAUUGGCGUCGAUCUUUCGAGGAAAGAGAAGCCUUGAUCAGAGAUAUCAGUUGCCGACAAGCUCUUGGUCUCCCACUGGAAGAGCCUGGAAGAUAUGUAGACGCCAGUUACUUUGGGAAGGAUCAAUAUGACCCAACAAACCCUCUCUAUCGAUAUGACUACUGGGGUGAGCCCAAGAAUUCAGAGAAGAGCAAACAAGAACGGAUGACAGAUGCCCACAACAAAUCUAUAGUAGGCAAAGGCGCUGUUUGGUAUGAAAUGUCAUAUGAAGAUGCGAUCAAGGAGAGAAUGGAAAGAGAGGCCCGUUCGAAGGCUGCAAAAGAACGAGAUAAUGCAGACCAAGAUGAAGAUGAGAAAGAGGAGGAGGAGGAGGACGACGACGACGACGACUUUGAUUUUAGUAUUUUACGUGACUCAGUGGAUGAUUUUUCAGACCAACCUCACGUGAAUGGGACCGAAUCAUCUAGAAUGUCUGAUGAAGGUAUGUUUGAGGAUUGAUGUUGAGUGAUGGGAGGGCAUGAUUUUGAUUGAACAGAAGGAUAGUUGAUAAGAGUUGUAAAAGAAUCGCAAAAUGUCCUCUUCAGUUCUAUAAAAUGAAAAUAAAAUACAUCUCUGAUCCUCAGCUCUUACAGCUUUUGGUCGCCCA